ACAUAGAAGACGCUGCUCAAACAACCCCGACGUUUGUCCCCUUAUCUGAACAUAUGGCAACAACAGCCGCCUUUCUUUCUUAUAUCGCUGUGCCCACUACUCUUUAAAAAUUCCGCCGAAAAAGAGAAGACGAUUUUCCAAAACCUUCUGGCCGUUAUCUCACGGCUCCCCUGUCUCUGUACAGGUGUAUGAGCGCUAUCCAGGGGGCCUAGGGGCGGCUCUUUACCGGGAGCACUUUGACUUCAACGCUGAGCCGCCUUGGGAUCCUAGCUGAUAGCGGGACAGGUCCAUCUCCUGACUUGUCCAUUUUGUUGCAUACCGGCAGGACCCAUUGGCUCAGUCGUGACCCCUUGACUUGCUUAUCUGUUCUUUAUGAUUGUCGGCUUAGCGGAAUACGGUUGAGAUGAAAGGAUUCGCUGACAAACCCAACUACAUCAUUGAACUCCUGGAGGGAGGAGUGACCCUUGAAGAUGUUAUUGACGGACACAUCUGUGAGCAGGCUCUGGUGGAGAAGAGUGCGUUUGUGGUGGGCGACCUUGGUGCCCUGAUGCGGCAGCAUGUUUGCUGGCAGAGCACAGUGCCACAGUUGCAGCCUUAUUUCCCAGUUAGGUGCAACAGCAGCCCUGCAGUCAUCGAGGUGCUGGCCUCCUUGGGAUUGGGCUUUGUCUGCACUAACAAAGCUGAAGUGAGCCUAGUGCUGGAGCACGACGUGCCACCGGAAAACAUCAUCCUGUCAGGUGUUUGCAAGCAGCUGGCACAUAUCAAGCAUGCUGCCAAGAAUAACAUCGAGCACCUUGUUUGUGAAAAUGAGGCUGAGUUGUCCAAGAUUGCCCGCCUCCACCCGAGUGCAAAGUUGCUGCUGCAGUUGACCACUGAGGCACACGCGGCUGAGACCAGCAUGGCCUUUGGCUCUUCUCUGAAGAGCUGCCGGCACCUGCUGGAGGCAGCCAAAGAGCUGGGGGUCCAGGUGGUGGGAGUAACCUUCCACAUCCCCAGCUCCUGCCAAGACCUGCAACAGGCCUACACCCAUGCACUUUCAGAUGCCCGUUGUGUGUUUGACAUGGGGAUGGACCUGGGCUUUAACAUGAACAUCGUGGACAUUGGAGGUGGAUUCACCGGCUCAGAGUUUCAGCUCAGACAGGUUCAGUCUGCAAUCAAGCCGAUGCUGGAUGCUUACUUCCCCCCACUGUCUGGUGUGCAAGUGUUGGCCCAGCCAGGCAACUUCUACGUGGCCUCUGCUUUCAGCCUGGCUGUCAACGUGAUCGCCAAAAAGGUGGUGGCCCGCUGCUGGGACAGCCUGUCUCAAGAUGAAAACAACGAGGACACAGAGUUCCUGUACUACAUGAAUGAGGGUGUUUAUGGUCCAUUCAGCCACAAGCUGCUGGGAAACUCCAUCUCUGCCCCAUCAGUGCACAAGCAUGUGCUGUCUGCUGAGGAGGCGGCGUAUCCCAGCAGCCUGUGGGGCCCGUCACUGGACCAGCUGGACCAGGUGGUGGAGCGCUGCCUGCUGCCUGAGCUCAGUGUGGGAGACUGGCUUCUCUUCUCCAACAUGGGAGCUUGCGGCCUGGAGGAGCUGAGCUGCCUCUCCAGCUCCCCCCAGCUGCCCGUCUACUACACUGUCUCCACCCAUGACUGGUACGAAAUGCAGGAGGCCGGUGUGGCACUGGACAGCACCAUGAAGAAUUUCUCCAUGGUCCAGUACAGUGCGUAACUACUCUUCUGCCCCUAUCCCGUCUUAUAUUGCACAGAUCCUCCUUAGCCUCUGCUUUCACCAUGUGAGAAGAGGGGUCAGAGUGCUAUUUGGGACAAGGGGCAAAAUGUAGUCAACAUUCCAGCCACCUUGGAAAAUGCAGUGUCCUAUUAUUUCUUCCAGGAAUUUGACUUUUGUACCUCUUGAAAUGGGAAAUAAUUGGUUCUUUGAUACCUCAAUUGUCCAAAAUUUUAUCUGGAAGUUAAUCUUCUCAUUCUUGCUCCUCCCUCAUAUGGACUCUUUAAAAAACCUGUCAGCUAAAAGAACUCCAGCCCAAGCUCAAAUGACAUUAUGCAACAAAAUGGAUGACUCUGUGGAGAUGGAACCCCACCCCAAACAUGUUUGGGGUGGUUUGUUUCCUAAAUCAAAUCCAGUUUACAAAAUGUACAAUUGAUUUAAAUCAUGCACUCUAUUGAUUACUUGUUGACAGUUGUGUAAAUCCUGUGUCUGUUCAACAUCAAUACAUUUUGUCUGUAGAUUAUAUUUUAAAGUGUUUAAAAGAAUCAAUGCCUUGUGUGGCUUCUGUACCUCAGACUCCCACUUUGCAUAGUUUUAAAUGAUAUUAUGACAAUGAUGUAACCUAUUUCUUUAUUGCAGUUCACCUCAUUACAUUUUUAUUUAUUGGAUUCAGUUAUUAAGGGGCAUGUUGAAAGCUCCGUCUUUAAGUGUGUUUUGCCCAGGUAUUAUACUGUGGCCCAUCUAACAGUGUUUUCCUGAUAAGAUAUUGAUGUGUUUUUUAACGCUACAUGGAUUUUGUGUGCUGUGAUUGCCAUCUGUGACCUCAGUGGUUUCCCUUUACUGAAAAGGCAUGAAGAAAUUGCUGUGGGAUUUUCUUUUCUCUACAUAAAGCUAAUGCUUAAAAUGCAGAGAAGCUACAUACACCCUAAAGGCACUACUUGCCGCUAUUAGAAAGAGGUUAAUUUGGUUUAAAAUGCACAAAAUCUUUUGUAGGUUAAAAAAAUACUGUGAUAUUUAACAGCACAGCCCUGGAGCUUCAGAUCCUCACAUUGGUCCUUGUCCUCCCAGGAUCUGAAAAACCAGCAGACGAGCCAUUUCUGAAGAGUGCUCAAACAUACAUUUUCGUAAUGUGGUGGGGAUACACCAACAUGUGUCUAUCUCUGAAGUGAAAGACAUGCUAGUUGUGCAUAGACCUCUGAAGGCAUGCAUAUGAUAAAUAACAUGCCUGACAGAGGUGUGAGGAACAUCAUGCACACUCUUGUACAGCUAAAUGUCGAAUAAUAUUAAAGGUGACCUGACUUAACUGCAGUUUUUAAAGAAUCCUGCCCUUGUGUGUCACAAAUGACUAAUGUAUUAAGUACUUGCUGUCUAAAGCACUAAUGGACCAUAGCCUGUUUUUGACUGUAAAUUGUGCUUGUUAAAGUAAUGAAAUGAUUAAUUUAAUACAUUUCUGACAGAAAUCAUC